AGUAGCAACCGCAUUUAUAUACCUAUCUCCAUGUAAACUCAACUAAAAGUAUUUGUUUCCCUGCCUUGCCUUCCUCUCGGCUUCUUCUUCCUCUUCUCUCUCCCACUGCUCUUUUCUCUCUUGUAUCUCUCUCUCUCGGCGUCUCUUUGAGUUCACAUGUCUUGCUUGAUGGGAUUAUGAGAAAGCCAUUGCUGAUGAAACCGUUGAAUGAAGAUUUAUAAUAUAUCUCUUUAGAAGAAAAACCAAGAAUCCCACUUUUAACGUCUACAUAGUCGUAUCAAUAUCUAAGUUUCAUCAUCAAGUGUUUUUGCUUGGUUACAAUGAUGAGGUAUCAGAGAGUAAGCCCAGAUUGUGCUCCUUUAAGCAAUGACAAAAAACCCAAUGGAGCCGAGAACGGAAGGUCAAUCCCCAAUGGAUUCAAUUCCACAAGUACUAAUUUUGAUACUAAAGGUUUCAGAUUUAGAUCUCCAUCGGGAAACCAAGACCACCACAAUAACAGUACAACCAGUUCUCCACAUUCGGAGAACAACCACAAUCAGACACAAGGACGUGACUCUAGUCCGGGUCCUAGCCCGAGCCGAGGUGGCAACGGUGAUAUGUUGUUGCAAUGGGGACAAAAGAAGAGAGCUAGAGUGUCAAGGUCUGAGAUCAGGGCCUUGGCUGAUGAAUCGUCAUCUUCUGGUCAAGCUAGACAACCCAUCAACAGGGUUCCUAGGAGAGUUGAUAACAAGUUCUCUCCGCCCACCAUGCCACCACCGCCUCCACCACCACCACCACCAUCCCAACAGUCCAUUAGUACUAGCACCAGAGGUGGAAACUUGAAGAAAGAAAAUUCUGGGUUUCUUUCACAGAGAAUUCCCCUUGUCCCUUUUUCUGCCCUUGAUCCAUAUUCACUUCGAAGUCUUAGAAAACCCCCUUUUGUUUGCCUGUUUCUCAGAACCAAACCAAAGCAUUUCUCAUCAGCAAAGUUUGCAUCUCUCUUUUUUUUUUUUUUUUUUGGUGGCCAUGACCAGGAAUUUAGAAAAGCGAUCCGGUGCUGGAAAUGGGUCCCAUCAAGAAAUAGUGGUGGCAGUAGCAGGGUUGUUUCUAGAUCUACUGCAGAAAAGAGAUCUCCUCCAACACCAGAAAACAUUGAUAGAAAGAUGCCUCGCUCUAGGUCAGCGGCAAAGGAUGAGAAACCAAAUGGAUCAUUAGUACAAGCUGAUCAUCAAAUGAAUCAAGUUGAUUCCACGCCGUCUAAAUCAGAGAAGGAAGCUGGGGUUAUAACUAGCAAUACUGUCUCAGUUCCAGUAGUAGCUAGCGGAGGAGAAAAGGCGAACACCAACGAAGUCAUCGAGUGGCCAAGGAUAUAUAUUGCUUUGUCAAGGAAGGAAAAAGAGGAUGAUUUCUUUGCAAUGAAGGGCACAAAACUACCACAACGACCCAAGAAAAGGGCUAAGAACAUUGAUAAAGCACUUCAGUAUUGUUUUCCAGGGAUGUGGUUAUCUGACUUAACAAAGAGUAGGUACGAGGUUAGAGAGAAGAAAUGUGUGAAGAAGCAAAAACGAAGAGGGCUGAAGGGGAUGGAAAGCAUGGACAGUGAUUCCGAGUAGAUGGCCGGCAGUAAAUGUUGUUCUAAUUAUGAGAGAGAUGGGGAAAAGAAGCCCUCACUCAAUGCUGCUGCCUGUGGUUUAUUACUGUUGAUGCGUAGCGGGUAGGGCCACCCACACUGUUUUGAAAUUUACCUGCCCUACUGUUGAUGAUAUCGCUAGAAGAGUGGAUAGCCAUGGGGAUUUAUUCUGGUGGGUCAAAUGCCAUGAGUCCAGCAACAACAGAUGGAUAGUGGCAAGCCAGUGAGCUGGAUGGUUUCACAAGAUGGGUCGGGCCAGCUCAACCACCGAGCCACCUCGCAUGCUGACAGAAACCAGUUUGUGGAAGACAAGAGGAUCUUUCUGCGUUUCUUUUGCGGUCAAAUUUUUGUUUUUAAAUUCUUUGGUUCAUACUCUGUACAGAAUUGCUCCUGCGUUUUUCCCAGCACCAAUCUCAGAGCAGCUUUUCUUCUUC